AUGGAUAUGUCGCGAGUUAUCAAACCCUGGAAGCUCAACCCUCAAAGAAACUUGGUCUUUGUGAAUGCAACCAUUGUUGACCCAGCCGAGGGCAAAUUGUUCCCAAAUACUACAGUCCGAAUCUCAGAAGACAAGAUCAUUCAAAUCUUCACAGACGGUUCAAUUACCGCCACAGAUAAUCUCCAAGAAGAAAAUGUGAUCGACCUGAGCGGAAAAUACUUGUGUCCGGGUUUGAUCGACUGCCAUGUCCACGUCGCAGUAGUUCCCGGCGAAGCCGAUCUACGAGCCUACAAAGACAUGACCGAGCAAAUUAGUCUUCUGCGGCAGCCAUACGUGCUCAAAUCCAUGCUAGACCGCGGCUUCACCUCAAUCCGCGACUGUGGCGGCGCAAGUCUCGCGAUCAAGGAAGCCGUCGAGGAAGGUGUGAUCCCAGGCCCUCGUCUCUUCAUCGCUGGACAUGCACUCUCCCAAACCGGCGGACACGGCGACUUGCGUGGGUCCCACGACACCCAGCUCUGCUGCGGCGGCUCCAUCUCCGGAAUUAGCAGGAUUAUUGACAGCCCAGCGGAGUGCUAUAGAUAUGCACGCGAGGAGCUGCGUCAGGGAGCGGACUUUAUCAAGAUCAUGGGUGGCGGUGGUGUUGCCAGCCCUACGGACCGGGUUGAGCAUGUACAGUUUUCGGAUGAGGAGAUUAGGGCUAUAGUCACUGUUGCGCGGAACGCGGGCACAUAUGUCACGAGUCAUAGUUACACACCGCGGGCGAUUCAGCAGGCUAUCAAGCUCGGCAUGAUGGCUGAGAUGGAUGUUUUCUUGACUCCGACGCUCAUUACACAUGUCAUGUCUAAGCAGAUGAAUUUCCUGCCUGCUGAUGGCGCUGCUAAGAAUGAGGAGGUUCUUGAGAAGGGAUUGGAGACAAUGAAGAUGGCUGUCGAUGCGGGUGUCACCGUCUGCUUUGGGACUGAUCUUCUUGGUCCGAUGCAUUUUGCCCAGAGCAAGGAGUUUUCGGUGCGCAGUUCGGUUUUGACUCCAUUGCAGAUUCUGCGCAGUGCUACUGUCAAUGCCGCUCGUCUUGUUAUGCAGGAAAAUCCGUUGAAGGAUAUCACCAUUCUGGAUCGAGUGGAGGAGCACCUUCUAGCUGUGAUCAAGGAUGGGAGGGUUGCCACUUCACGGUGGGACAAAAUCAAGGUAGAUCUUUGA